ACUAAAGCCUCUCUUGUUUUAGUUGUGGUUGUGGUUUGUAAUCUGAUAAAAUGAACGAUUCGGAGAUAGCCAAUGCUGCGCAGAAGACGCCCAUAAGCUUGUUGCAAGAGCUUUGUGCGCAGCAAGGAAUGACUCCCGAUUAUAAACUAAUGUCAGUUGAAGGUGCUGUUCAUGCUCCUACAUUUAUGUACAGGGUACAAGUGAAUCAGGUUGUUGCAACAGCUACCGGUCAGAGUAAGAAAAAGGCGAAGCAUGCUGCCGCUAAAGCAGUUCUUGAAAGGCUUUUAUCUCAAGAUGGAGAAUAUCCGCAAGGUUUCGUCUCUGAUGGAGUUACAAUUAAUGCCGAGAGUUUGAAUGAAGUCAUUUCGGAGGCAUCAGCAGCUCCUACAGAAGAAGAGAACAUAUCAGGAAAUCCAGUUGGUGCUUUGCAAGAGCUGUGCAUGAAAAUGAGAUGGCAACCACCUUAUUAUGAAACAGAGAAAGCGAGUGGGCUUCCUCAUGAAAAAGUGUUUUCAAUUAUGUGUGUUGUUGACAAAUUCACCACAACAGGUGAAGGAAAAAGCAAAAGACUUGCAAAACGACAAGCAGCUGACAAUAUGCUGAAGAGAUUAAAAGCAUUAAAAUAUAUUUCUGAUGAUGAGGAAGAGGCAGCCAAAAAAUUUGAAGAUCUGAAAAUCUAUGAAAAAGAGGAUCCAGAAAACAAGCAAACAAACCUUCAGAAGACUUACUCAAAGAAUGUACUGAAGUUUCUCAAAGAUCUGAAAACAUCAACCAGUUCUUUUCUGCAAGCUCUGCAAGAUGUUGACUUGAUGGAUCAAAAUCUUGAUUGCCUGAAAUUGCUGCAAAAUAUUGCUACUGAGCAAAAUUUUGACAUCAUCUACAUUCCUAUUGAGCAGAGAGGGAAAAAUGGAGAAUACCACUGCUUGCUACAAAUAACAUCCUUACCUGUUGCUGUUUGUUUUGGAUCUGCCACUACUAGGGAUGAGGCGAAAAUUAAUUCUGCCCGCAAUGCUCUGAAUUUUAUCCAGCUGAUGUGCAAAAAAUGAUUUUGUGCUAAAAUGAAUUCUGAUGACUAUACUGCAGGUGUUUAACCCCAGACAUGAUGCACCCAGCAUUAUGAGAUAUCUGGUCGGAUUGGCCAUUUUUACUUCUCUGAUCAACCUAAUUGGAACACUACUUCCGAUGAGAACUAUCUUAUGACUUCUCUCACUGGUUAAAAACAUUCAACCAAUCAUAACAUUUUGUAUAGCCUCAUUAGAGAAGUUAAGUAUAAGUUUCAGAGUACAAAUCAGUUUGGAUAGUACAAAAAAAAAAAAAAAAAAAAAAAAAAAAAAAGAAUUAUUUUGAUGAUUUUAAAAUUCUUAGAUUGGAAUGAAAAUGUGAUAUUUUUAUACUUGAUUUUAAAUCAUUGAAACGUAAUCCCAUGCGGAGCCGAAAUGUGAAACAAUUUCAAUGUAGUUAAAACAUUGUUUGGAUGAAUUUUAGACUUUCUAACUUGAUUCUUUAUCAAUGUUCUUUUCUGAGAAGGGGUUCCCAAAAGCUUUCAAAUAGAUGAUUAUGAAAUUUAUGCUCUAAGAAGUAAAAUGUUCAUUUUACAAUAUUAAAGACAUAAAUUUCAAAAUAUACUAAAAUUAUGCUUAAAAGUAUUGGUUUUAUCAUUUGUUCAUAAUUAAUGUCGCAAGUUUCUGCAUUAUAUCAGUUUGUUUGUUUUAAUAGUACUUUGCACAAAAAUGAAGAUUACUGUAUGCCUCUAUGUUGAGAGAUUUAAUGUAUAAAAAAGCAUGGUCCAUCACACUCCAGGGUCCCCCAUACCUACCACUAUUUAUGGUUUAACUGGCCGGUUAAGGUCCUGAAGAGAGCUCUGUUUCUUUUUUUUUAUCCAGACCAGAAGCCAAGCGAUCCCUGGUCCAUAGGUAUUUAUUCAUUUGGAAGACUUUGUGACCACGACAUAGUUAACAUGUCCCAGUCACCGUUAAUGAACACAAAGAAUCUGACCGCCUUGCAUUGAACCCCGGAAUCUUCAGUUUCGAGUCCUUAACGAUCAGGCCACGAAAGCAUGGUAUGGGGCUUGAUUCUUUCAUAAGGCAUAACAUCAAAAGAAUCUUCCUGAAAGUCUUGCCA